CGUGACGCCCGCAGCCCCGGCCGGGCUGCCAGGCGGGGAGCGCCGCGGCGGCCCCAGGAGGUGGCGGCGGGCGCGGGAGCCCGGGCCACGCGGGGCUGGCCGUCGGGGGCGCCCAUGCCAUGGAGAAGCUGGCGGCCGGGCUGGCCGGCCUGCGCUGGAGCAUGGGCGCCUUCCCGCUCGACCUCAUCGUCAGCCGCUGCCGCCUGCCCACGCUCGCCUGCCUCGGGCCAGGGGAGUAUGCCGAGGGUGUCAGUGAGAGAGACAUCCUGCUCAUUCACUCCUGCCGCCAGUGGACAACAGUGACAGCCCAUACCCUGGAGGAGGGCCACUACGUCAUCGGACCCAAGAUUGACAUCCCCCUGCAGUACCCAGGGAAGUUCAAGCUCCUGGAGCAGGCCCGGGAUGUGCGGGAGCCAGUGAGGUACUUCAGCAGCGUGGAGGAGGUGGCCAGCGUCUUCCCUGACCGCAUCUUUGUGAUGGAAGCCAUCACCUUCAGCGUCAAGGUGGUGUCGGGCGAAUUCAGCGAGGACAGCGAGGUGUACAACUUCACGCUGCACGCGGGCGACGAGCUCACUCUCAUGGGCCAGGCGGAGAUCCUGUGCGCCAAGACCACCAAGGAGCGCUCGCGCUUCACCACGCUGCUGCGCAAGCUGGGCCGGGCCGGGGCGCUGGCCGGGGUGGGCGGCGGCGGCCCCGGGGGCGCGGGGGCCGCGAGCGGCGGGGGCGCCAGGCCCAUCAAGGGCAAGAUGCCCUGCCUCAUCUGCAUGAACCACCGCACCAACGAGAGCCUGAGCCUGCCCUUCCAGUGCCAGGGCCGCUUCAGCACGCGCAGCCCGCUGGAGCUGCAGAUGCAGGAGGGCGAGCACACGGUGCGCGCCAUCAUCGAGCGCGUGCGGCUCCCGGUGAACGUGCUGGUGCCCAGCCGGCCGCCGCGCAACCCUUACGACCUGCACCCGGUGCGGGAGGGCCACUGCUACAAGCUGGUCAGCAUCAUCUCCAAGACCGUGGUGCUGGGGCUGGCGCUGCGCCGCGAGGGCCCGGCGCCGCUGCACUUCCUGCUGCUCACCGACACGCCGCGCUUCGCGCUGCCGCAGGGCCUCCUGGCCGGGGACCCGCGCGUGGAGCGCCUGGUGCGCGACAGCGCCUCCUACUGCCGCGAGCGCUUCGACCCCGACGAGUACUCCACGGCCGUGCGCGAGGCCCCCGCCGAGCUGGCCGACGACUGCGCCAGCCCGCGCCGCGCGCGCCUCUGCCUGCCCGCGCCCCCGCGCGCCCCCGCCCGCGCCCCCGGCCCGCCCGGCGACGGCGACCAGGAGUACGUGAGCCCGGACUGGGCCGGCGCCCCCGAGCCCGCAGCGCCGCCCGCCGAGAUCCCCUACGAGGAGCUGUGGACGCACCAGGCGGCCGACGGCCUCGCCGAGGGCCGGGCUCGGCCGCAGCCCGGGCCCGACCUCAUCUCCUUCGUGGCCGCUGGGCCGCCCCGCCUGGAGCCCGAGGCCCCGCCGCCUCCUGUCCCCCCCAAGUCCGAGGCGGUGAAGGAGGAGUGCCGCCUGCUCAAUGCCCCCCCUGUGCCUCCCCGGGGUGGCAGUGGCAGCGGCCGGCUCUCGGGCAGCCCCCCGGUGCCCCCACGCUUCCCCAAGCUGCAGCCCGGCCGCUCACCUAGCUCCAGCCUCCCCUACUACUCGUCUGGCCUCCAGGACGGGACAGGGUCUCGCAGUGGCAGUGGCUCUCCGUCACCGGACGCCUACUCCCUUUAUUGCUACCCAUGCACCUGGGGAGACUGCAAGGCGGGCGAGUCCUCCAGCCGCCCACCCCCGGGACCCCUGCCCUCGACCACGCAGCCCAGCCAGGCCGCCCGGGCCCUUGCAGAGCCCCUGAGCGGUCGAGCCACCUCCCUCUUGGGAGCGGACACCCCUGUCAAGGCCUACCACAGCUGCCCGCCUCUGUUCAAGCCCUCUCACCCCCAGAAACGCUUUGCUCCGUUCGGAGCUCUCAACCCCUUUUCGGGGCCUGCCUACCCCUCCGGCCCUUCAGCGGCCUCCUCUUCUGGGCCCACCACCAGCUCGGGUCCCCUGGCUACCUCCAGCCCUGCUUUUCCCCCAGGCCCAGGCUCACCAGGCCAGGCCUAUUCAGCUGCUCCCACCUCGUGUCCCACCUCCUCCUCCUCCUCCUCUGAGUGGCAGGAACCAGCCCUGGAGCCCUUUGAUCCCUUUGAGCUGGGCCAGGGCAGUUCUCCAGAGCCCGAGCUGCUCCGCUGUCAGGAGCCCAGAGCUGUGGGGGCACCCUGCCUCUCGCCACUUGGACCCCCCAAGGCCUUUGAACCCGAAGGUUUGGUGCUGCGGCAGGUCCCCACCCCGCUGUCACUGGUGGCCCUGCAGGGGCCCGAGGCAGGCGGAGGACGGCUCCUUCUCACCCAAGGGCGCUUGGAAGGGCCUCCUGCCAGUCCCCGGGAGGGGGCUGCAGGCUGGGGAGGCCGGGAUGCCUCCUCCUGGCAGCCUCCUGCUGACCUGUCUGCGCUCUCCCUGGAAGAAGUCUCUCGAAGUCUGCGUUUCAUCGGGCUCUCAGAGGAUGUGGUGAGCUUCUUUGCCCGAGAACGCAUUGAUGGCAGCAUCUUUGUGCAACUCAGUGAGGACAUCCUGGCAGAUGACUUCCACCUCACCAAGCUGCAGGUCAAGAAGAUCAUGCAGUUCAUCAAAGGCUGGCGGCCCAAGAUCUGAGGUUCCCAGCUUGUAGCCGCACAGCUGGAACGCUGGCGCGGAGGCCGCGGGGGGUUAGCCCCCGUCUGUUGGGGGGGCAGCGCGCCCGAGCAGGUCCUCCUGCCAGGACAAUCUGCCGAGACUGAGGCAGCCAGGCAGCCCCUCCGAGUGAAUCCAGGGGAGACACACUUGGAAGUGGGGACGUCUGGCCUUUGUGCCGAGUGAGUGGGGAGGGGGCUGAAGGCACAGUGCGCACCUGGGCCUGGGGACACGUUGCUGUGAUUCCCACGGUGGGGGAGGGGGUGUUUGUCAUCCCCUGUCCUGAUGCAGAGCUUCACAGAUAUCUGGCACUUCUCAAGCUUGUAGGUUCCGGUUAGAGACCAGGGAAGAAGAUGGUCCGUAAUUUAAGCACAAAUUCCCCAAGUGCCCCCGCUCUCCUCUUGUGCUCUGUGGGCUUUUGGCCUUAGCUGCCCCAGAGUCCGGGGCCGUUCCUGUAUGUCUGGGAGGCCCUUCCUUUCUGCUUCUAUGAAUUCGGGCCCUGGCCCCAAGCACGGGCAGCUCAAGGACGAGCCAGGUGCCAACGGGCGGGUGAGGACUCCGGGGGAGCCCAGCUCUGCUGCUGCCCUGCUCGUCUAGUUGGGGAGGCAGAUGUUCCCCUGCCGUCGCCAGUGCCCGGCUUCUGCCUCCCGUCCUGCCGGGUGGGGUCCGGUCUGAGAAGAUUCUCACUCGGUGGAAGAGCAGGUAGAUUGCGGUCAGCUGCUGGAUUCUGGAGGCAAGUGGCCUUCACUCACUCCCACUUCCGCCCGUCUCCUGCCCCCUUCACUGGACUGUGGCAAACACAUGCUGGCCUUCUCUGGUUUUCUGCCACCGCACAGGUGGGUUGGGUGGGAAAGAGAAAGCACCGUGGUUUGGGAAGACGGGCUUUCUCCCUGCUCCUGGAGCUCAGGCUUCCUGCGCGUGUUCGUCGCCUCUCGUCAGGUCUCCGGGGCCUGGCUGGUGGGCAUGGAGACCUGCUGGCACCUGGAGCAGGCUGGCCACUUGGCCAACCGCCCGUCCGCCCGGAGCCGCACCAGCUCCCCUCACGCCACUGGCGGCAGGCCCCAGACCGACCAGCCUUCUCUUCUGCCUUACCUAGCCUACCUAGAUAUUUAUUUCCUCCGUUUUUCUCUUAAGCGUAGUGAAGCCAUGCUGGUGCUCGAGCCCCGAGCAGACGCCUCCGGCUCCAGGGAGGGGGAGUCAGAAGUCGAGCACACACACUGUGAUGCUAAAGCAUUGGGCUUCCUUGCCGAUCACUCUGUGAAUCCUCAAGGACUCGUGAAAUAAAUGCUAGAGCACUCAACAGUAGUGGGGGUGCGACUCUGGGCAUCGACGCUCUCUUCCUCUGGAGGGCGCCGGGGCCCCGACAGGUACAAGGUGUAGGCCUCCGGGCAGGGGAGGACUUUGGAAUGGGGUGUGCCUGUGGCCCACUCCUGGGUUCCCUUCUGAAAGCCCCUUCUCAGUCCCUACCCUACAAGAACCUUCCAGCU